CAACAAUGUCUGACGCUCUUUACAAACCAAAAAAGGACUUUUCUGCUACAAUUGACGAGCAGCUUCCUCAGGUUGAGGAGCUUGCACAGCAAGACUACAAAGCUGCUCUAGAAAAAUUGUUGAUAUUAGAAAAACAAACCAGGCAGUCUUCUGAUCUUGUAUCUUCCAAAAGAGUUUUGACCUAUAUAGUCGAUUUGUUAACUUCCAAAGAUGACUGGGACACACUAAAUGAACAGUUGAUCUUAUUAUCCAAAAAACAUGGCCAGUUAAAGUUGGCCACUCAAAAAAUGGUUCAGCAAAUCAUUUCAAAAUUAGACAAUCUUAAUGAUAAUAUCAAAAAAGAAUUGGACUUGAAGAUCAAAACCAUCGAAAACAUUAGAAUCGUUACCGAAAACAAAAUUUACGUUGAAGUUGAAAGAGCAAGAGUAACUAAGUUGUUGUCAGAAAUCAAAUUAGUUAGAUUCAAUGAUAUUGAAGCAUCUUGUGAUUUAAUGUGCGAACUACAGGUUGAAACUUAUGGCUCGAUGGAAAUUAGAGAAAAAAUGGAAUUUAUCUUAAUUCAAAUUGACUUGUCCAUCAAGAAAGGCGAUUUUGAACAAGCAAAAAUCUUAGCAAGAAAAAUCUUACCAAAAACCCUCAAUUUACAAAAAUUCCAUGAUAUAAAAUUAAGUUAUUAUCAAUUGAUGGUUAAAAUCGGUUUACAUGCCAACGACUAUGCAAAUAUCGUCAAGUACUAUUUAUCAAUCUAUGAAAUCGACUCAAUUAAAUCUGAUAAAUUAAAGCUAAGCGAAAUCUUGACCAACAUUGCUUAUUUUAUAAUUUUAUCUCCCUACAAUAACUACCAAAAUGAUUUAAUCAACAGAAUCUAUAAUGAUCCAAACUUGAAAAAAUUGCCUUUACAAUAUGAAUUGAUCAAAUCCUUUAUUACCCAAGAAUUGAUGAGGUGGCCCAUAAUUGAGAAAAACUUUGGCGACGAAUUAAAUAAAAAUUUCAUAUUCAACAGAAAUUUAUCAAAAGAUCAAUCAAAAUCUGAUUUAGAAGCUGUUGACGCCCAUUGGAGCGAUUUGAAAAAAAGAGUCAUUGAACAUAAUCUAAGAGUUAUAGCAAAAUAUUAUUCAAACAUCAGAUUAAACAGACUAGUUCAAUUAUUAGACUUGUCUGAAUUUGAAACCGAAUCCUUCAUAAGCGACUUAGUUAAUAAUGGAAUAAUUUAUGCCAAAAUUAACAGACCUGCCAAGGUUGUUUCUUUUGUUAAACCUCAAGAUUCAAAUGAAAUUUUAAACAACUGGUCUGAUAGCAUCGAACAGUUGUUAAAUCACGUUGAAACUAUUGGGCAUUUGAUCACAAAAGAAGAAAUGAUGAGUGGCAUCAAAUCAUGAGUUGCUUAACCAUCUCAACCAUCCUUUAUCUACAUAAUUAUAUAUAAAUAGAUAGAAUGUUUUUUUUAUUUUGUGUCAAAAAAACAUGAAAUGUAAACAAAAAAAUGCAAAGUAAUAUAAUACAAGUCUAUUCAAAAUAAGAACAAAUAAACACAUGAAAUGAAUGAAA